AUGGCCCACAGCUUCGCCCGCUUCCGGAAGCCGGCGCUGACGGAAGGCGAGGACGAGAAGAAGACUUCGACGGCUGCCCGGAGCUUCAAGACCCUCGAGGUUGAUGGACGCAAGGUCACGCUGCGGGUCUUCACGCCCGCCGGAGAAGGUGGCUCGAAGCCGGCCGUCGUGAUGGUUUGUGGCCUCCUUUGGUUCGGCGAGGGCAUUUUGGGCUUCAUUGGCCUGAAUUUCAACGAUGCAUUCGGCCAUGCUCUGGCGAGGCACGGCUUGGCCUGCGUUCAAAUCCACACACCACAGCGCCACAUCGCGCAGACGCGAGUGCAGGAACUGGCACUGGCCCUCUGCGCCCCGGUGUAUCUGGUGCCCGGCCUCCGUUUCUUGCUUCUGGCGGCAGAUGUCCUGAUGCUUCUGACAUCCCGAAGAGACGUGUGGUUGAUGUUGGUGGCGGUCGUCCUUCCCGGGCUCGUGGAUGCGGUUCUUGCGGCCUCUUUGGCUGUGCCCAUGCUUCUGAUGGGCCCGCUUGGUUGGCUUUUCACUGCUCUUUUCAUGAUCGGCGGCUUGGUCCUUGUGCCGGCUCUCCACUUUGCCUUCCGUAUGGGUCAGUACCUGAUGGGUGAGCUGGACCUGACUGGGGAGGGCCGCCGCGACUACCUCAAAGAGGUGGAAGCAGCCGUGUCUUGGGCGGAGGAGAAUGCAAGUGCUCUCAAAAGCGACGGCCGACUGGUCCUUUGCGGUUACUCUUCCGGUGGCCAUGUGGCGGCUCUCUAUGGUUUGGAGACCUGUGUCGCUGCAAAGGACGGUCGGGCCCGGAGCCGUUUCGAGGCGGUGGUCCUGGUCUCAGGAAUCUACGAUCUUCGGACCAAGUGGGAGGACAUGCGGCGUUUCCUGGCGCCGGCCAUGAACCUCAUUUUCAAAGACAUCCUCGGGGCCGACACGGAGGCGAGGCGCGCAGCCGCGUCGCCUGCGGCUGUUGUGCAGUCCCCUCAGCAGAAGGCCCUGGACAGCAACUGCACCUGGUGGAUUCUCAACGCACGCACGGAGCUGUUGGGGCUCCCCCUGUUGGAGGACAUCCUCUUUGCAAGUGCAGGCUUUGCUGACGGCCUCAAAGCAAAAGGUGCCCCGGUGAGGCGUGCACAGUGUGGGCACAAUCAUUGGCUCUUAAUCUUUGGCUUCCCGGCCUUUGCGGCUUCCUUCUCCGCGACUCUGAAGGGGACGGAAGGCGAAGAAGAGGCGGAGAAAGUGGCAGAGUGA